CCCCACGCCAGUCUCCCGAAUACAGACGGCCAUGGUUGGCGGUUAUAUCCAUCCCUUUCUCCCCUCCCAUUUCCCUCUCCCUUUCUCUUUCCUCCCUUCUCUUCUCCUCUCUGUUCAUGUUCCUCUCCUCCCAUGGCUGGCACCGGCGACGACGGCGUCGUCGAUGAUAACGACUCCCCGCUCUCCCCGCCGGACGACCUGCGCUGCGAACGAGGUGCAGGCGAGAAAGAAGAAGAGGAAGAAGAAGACGAUGUGGAUGAUUACGAGGCGGAGCUGUUCGCCGGCGUCCGUUUGGCGGAUGCUCCCAUACUGUUUCUUCUCUGCUUCCACAAGGCUUUCCGUCGGGAGCUAGCGCAGCUCUGUCGGAUAGCUGUUUCGGCUUCCCGGAGUAGGAGCUCGUGUGGAGGAGACGCGAUUACUGAGCUGCGAUCCAGAUUCGAGUUCCUCAAACUUGCCUACGACUAUCAUUGCGGCGCCGAAGACCAGGUUAUCUUUCUAGCGUUAGAUGUCCACGUAAAGAACGUUGUUUGUGCGUAUUCACUUGAACACAAAAGCAUCGAUGAAUUAUUCGACUCUGUGUCCCGUUGCUUGAAAGUGCUGACGGACGAAAAAAGUUGCGAUUCUGAGCCAAUUCAAGAACUGGUCACUUGCAUCACCACUAUUCACGCCUCCAUAUGUCAGCAUAUGCUUAAAGAAGAAAAACAGGUGUUUCCUUUGCUUGUGGAACGGUUCUCUCCUGUAGAACAGGCUUCACUUGUGUGGCAAUUCCUUUGCAGUAUACCUGUAAUUUUGCUGGAGGAUUUGCUGCCGUGGAUGAUCUCUCUUUCUCCUGAAAACCACAUUGAUGUUGCUCUGUGCAUUAAAGAAAUUGUACCUGAGGGAUCACUCCAAGAGGUAGUGAUUUCUUGGCUCCGGAUACACGAUCAAUUCCCUUCUAGGGAUUCUACCAAGCCAGCCAGGAGAGGUGAUGAUGGAUUUGCGUAUGUUAAACAUAUGCCACGGCUGAUCUUCUCUGCUAGAUGUUUGCAAGAAAAUUGGCAAUGGAAGACCACAUAUUCCGUCCUUGCCAAAACAGAGCUCAGUGUUACUGACUGUUUCCAUCUCUGGCAUGGUGUGAUUAUGAAGUCACUAAAAGAAAUUCUGGAAGAAUCACACCAAAUGAGAUUGGGCAGUUUAUUAGAAACAGAUCCAAUAGUCGUGAGGCUGAAAUUCCUUGCUGAUGUGGUUACCUUCUACAGCAACGCGCUGAAGAAGUUCUUUGAUCCCAUGUUAAAUAGACUGGCCAGUGACCACUUCAGUGGCUUAUACGGUGACCUCUUCCCUAUUGGAAGUCGCUUGGAGAGAAUACAGCAGUUGCUCCAUUUUAAUACUCGGAAGAAUUUGGCUGGACAUGAGUUUGUGGAGAAGCUUUGCCAGGAAAUCGAGUCCUUUGCUGUUGAAGUCAGCAAACAAUUUAACUUUCUUGAAGCAAAGGUAUUCCCUCUUAUAGUCCAGAACUGUGACCCAGAAAUGCAGCUGCAGCUCUUUCUGUACAUGAGCUUUGGUAUGAUGCCUCUAGGCUUGCUAAAGUUUGUAAUCACUUGGUUCGCAGCCUGUCUGUCCAAGCAUGAGUUGGGCCCUAUUCUUCAAGGCUUGAAACAAGGUGGCAGUUUAGCCAAUAAAUCCUUUCUGUCCCUCUUGCAUGAGUGGUUGCUCGUUGGUUAUUCUGGUAAAUUCUCGGUUGAGGAUUUUAGAAAGGACUUGCAGAGAAUGUUCGAGUCUAGAUGUUCUUUUUCUCCUGAAAGAUCAAAGGAAGAUGAUAGAUGCUCUUUCUUGCCCUUAGACUUGCAACCUUGUGAAGCAUCUGACCAUGAUAAAACAGAGUCAAUUUCUCUGUACGAGAACAAAAUCUUCUCUUCGUAUUCCUUAUCUUCUGGUGUUAACCAAGCUAAGGCUUGCGAAGCAUCUUAUUCUAGAGAGAUCAACCUACAUGUAUUUUUCCCUCAAACAGUAAGGCUGACUAAACCUUUUCCAAGAUUACCUGGCGAGGAGAGUUCCAGAGCUUCCAGCAUGGAUGAGUCAAUGCCUUUGGACUUUUUGCUUUUGUUCCACAAGCCGUUGAAGAAAGACUUGGAAAAGCUUGUCCUUUAUUCUGCUCAAUUGACUGAAAACUUCGGUCUCCUAACAGAAUUUUACCAGCACUUCAACCUCUUGCAGAACAGAUAUAAGUUCCAUAGUGAUGCUGAGGAUGAAUGGAUCUUUCCAACGCUCGAGGCAAAGGGGAAAUCUAAAAAUAUUAGUCACUCCUACACCAUUGAUCACAAGCUUGAAGUUGAAAACUUCAAAAAAGUUUCCAUCAUAUUAGAAGAGAUGUCUGGCUUGCAGAUGACUGUUUCUGUUAUCAACACUCACAAGCAGGAUCAAAGAAUCAUGAGGCAGAAUCAACUGUGUCUGAAACUCCAGCGUAGGUGCAAGUCCAUUAAAAAAUUACUCUCUGAUCAUGUUCAUCAUGAAGAAAUUGAAAUCUGGCCAGUGAUUAAGGAAUGUUUGACAAUCAACGAGCAAGAGAUCAUUGUAGCAAGUAUGCUGGGAAGAACUAGAGCCGAAACAUUGCAAGACAUGAUACCAUGGCUGAUCAACUCUCUAAAACCAGAAGAGCAACUAAUGGUGAUGUCCUUGUUGCGUAAGGUCACAAAGGACACAAACUUCAAUGAUUGGUUAGAAGAAUGGUGGGAAGUAUGUGAUAAAGCUCCUAAUUCAGAGGAGUUGAGUGCUUCAUGUGAUGCCAACUCCCUGGAGAUUAUCUCCAGCUAUUUGUCCUCUGAAGCUCCUGACAAAGAAGGUGGCAUUCUCAGCAACAGAGGCAUCAAUUUGCCUCAGAAAGAUUGCAGUGGUGCUAAAACGGUGGCAGAUAGUGAUUUCACGGAAGACACAGAGGUUGCUGCUACAAAAGUAGUGGAAAUUGAAUGUUCAGACUGCAUAAAGGUUCUCAGUACUGGUUUCAAGAAGGGCUACGACGAAGUAGCUGAUGGCCUGGAGGAGAAGGAAAGCAGAGCUCGAUCUCUCCAAGAAAAUCUGAAAUCCAGGAAUCAUGGAUGCCUUCCGUCAAUUGAUCAAGAAGAUGUAGAGUCUGCAGUAAGAAGAAUUUAUCGCGACUCAUCCCUGGAUCCCGAGAAGAAAUCUCGUAUGAGCCAGAACCUUUUGAUGAGUCGUUGGCUUAUUCAGCAACAGAUAGAUAAUGCAAAUGAAGUUCCCUCAAUUAAUGGCAAAGUGCUUCGAGGUCAGCAUCCAUCCUACAGAGAUCCACUAAAGUUAACCUUUGGUUGUGAACACUACAAGAGGAAUUGUAAACUUUUUGCUGAGUGCUGCAAUCAACUGUACCCAUGCCUACGUUGCCAUGAUGAGUUAGCUGAUCAUUCUGCAGACAGACGGGCUAUUCAGAAAAUGAUGUGCAUGAUUUGCUUGACUGUCCAACCUAUACAGCAGACUUGCACAUCUGUCAUCUGCAAUAAUUUGUCUAUGGCAAAGUACUAUUGCCAGAUUUGCAAAUUGUUUGAUGAUGAAAGGGAAAUCUACCACUGCCCAUUCUGUAACCUCUGUCGUGUAGGAAAGGGUUUAGGGAUUGACUACUUUCACUGCAUGAGGUGUAACGUCUGCAUGUCCAAGUCUUUGUCGAACCAUGCUUGCAGAGAGAAAUGGUUUGAGGAUAAUUGCCCCAUUUGCCACGAGGACAUCUUUACAUCUAGUACGCCAGUAAAAGCUCUUCCUUGUGGCCAUCUUAUGCACUCCCCUUGCUUUCAGGACUACACUUGUAAUCAAUAUAUCUGCCCAAUAUGUAGCAAGUCACUUGGUGACAUGAAGGUUAGUAAAGUUUCUCUUCAUUUCCUUCUUCUGAAGAAUUUCAGCCAUAUAGGAGAUUGAAGUAUUAGGUCGUGAUUGGCAUGCUUGUUCUAACGCCAUUCUCGGACCAAAAUUUGUCCCCUGGUCAUGCUUAAACUUUUAGCUUAUGUCUUGUAGACUAGGAUCCUUUGUAUCAAACCAAAGUCUUAACUUAAUAGGAUUGUUAGGAUGAAAGGAAUGAUAGUACUAAACCUAUUACUAGUGGUGCUAAUACUAUAUCAAUGACUGUAACACACAUAUGCUAGAUAUGCACACAGUAAACUGAAUAACUUUGACCAAUAAAUGUCCUUGCAACAGCCAAUAUGUCGGAUGUUAAUGGUCUCAAGGGCUCGGUUUUAAGUUCAUACUAGUACAAGCUUUACAAGGAAAUCACAGGCUCAUAGUGUGUGAAAUAUCCUGUUCGCUGUAGUACAAUUUAGUCGACACAUAAAUCAAUGUAUCCUGAUUGUCCAAUAAAAGAUCCUAUCCUCCUGCGAGUUUCCUCACAGUGCAACAGUCAGAAAUCAGGCUCAUCCCUCAUCUGGUUCUGUCUUCAUCUGGUUGCUUUUAUUAUUGCUUUCUAAAAUAACUUGGUUUGUCUUGUCGCAUAUUUCAUUUCCGAUAGCUUCCUUUCCUUUUCGUUUGUUUUCUCUUUUGUUUAUCAUCUCAGUCAAAGGUUGCUCUUGAAAAUCCUUUAAGAUGGUGAAAGUAUUUCUCAGGUGUACUUUAAGAUGCUGGAUGCCCUUUUGGCUGAAGAGAGAAUGCCAGAGGAAUAUGCAAGCCGAACUCAGGCCAUCCUCUGCAAUGAUUGUGAGAAGAAAGGAGCUGCAUGCUUCCACUGGCUUCAUCACAAAUGCCCGAAUUGUGGGUCAUACAACACCAGGCUCCUGUAAUGCCUGCUCUCUUGUGUGAGUGACCAUCAACUUUUCGUCUCAGAGGUGCUGCGAUUUAAACAGAGGUCUGACCUUGCACAUAAUUCUCUUGUUUGUCUGCCACUUGAUCUUGACAAAAUAACAAGAAUGCUCAAAGCCGAUAGCUUCCUGUGAAAAAGGAAAAAAAAGUGCCAAGGUCUUUGCGGUUAGAUGCAUUGUAAUAAGUGUCGUUGUUAGAUUCAAUUCCCAUUAUUAGUCUUCCCAUGUGGGUAUGGCUAUACUCUGCUUGUAGUUCCUUCCACUUUUCUAUUGUACACUAUCCAUCAUGAUAGAAAUGGAAUGACAUUUUGACUGUCUGCUCUACUUGGUAGACGUAAGACUCACUUCGUUUUUCAUCCCGAUUCAAGUAUUUAACCAUCAGAUAAUUAGUCUGCAUGCUUUAUAGAUGCUGAUGCUGAACCU